AUGAACUGGCAGUUCACGAACCUCCUCGGCGCGCCGUACCGCGGGGGCAACACAGUGAUGCUCGGCCCCCAUCUGUUCAGCCCCAUUGGGAACAGAGUCUCGCAAGUAGACCUCGAACAGGGAACGUCGAGGACGCUGCCGUUCGAGAACCUCAAGACCAUCCGGUGCCUGGACGUCAGCCCGGACGGCCGCAUCCUCAUCUCGAUCGACCAGGACGGGCGCGCCGCUGUCUUCAACGUCCCGAUGCGCGUCCUGCUCCACAGGUUCACGUUCAAGAAGCCCGUCCAGGUCGUGCGCUUCAGCCCGUGCGGCAGGUACAUCGCGGUGGGCAUGGAUCGUCUGGUGCAGGUGUGGCGCGCCCCCGGGGGACAAAAGGAGAUCAUGCCCAUGCACCUGCACCGCACCUACGGACAGAGCAGCGCCGACAUCACCUGCCUCGCCUGGAGCCCGAGCUCGACGUUCCUCGCCGCCGGUUCCAAGGACCUCAUUGUGCGCGUGUUCUCCCUUGAUCCGAUCGAGGGCUACCGCGUGCCGGCGCUGGGGGGUCACCGGGAGAAGCCAGUGGCGGUGUUCUUCACGGACCCGGCGGCGGACACGACGGGGGCGCGGCUGAUCACGGUGGCCAAGGACGGCGCGGUGCAGCGCUGGGCGUACGACGCCGAGGCAGGGGAGGCGGAGCCGGCGGCGAAGCGGCAGAAGACGCUGCCGGGGUGGGGCGGGGGCGAGGAAGAGGGGGGGAGUGAUGAGGGAGCUGAGAAGGAGGAGGAGGAGGAGGAGGGGGAAGGGAGCGAGGACAGUGGGAGCGAGGGUGCGGGCGAGGGGAAGGAGUCAGGGGGGGAGUGGUUCGCUGGGGGACGGUGGAGGCUGGUGGGGAAGCACUUCUUCCACCAGUCCGCCACGAAGACGAAGUGCGCCGCGUUCCACAGCGGGACCGGCCUCCUCUGCGCGGGUUUCUCGACAGGUAUUUUCGGGCUGUACGAGCUCCCAACAGACCCCCUGGGGGAGUUCCGCGAGCUCCACCUGAUGUCGAUCUCCCGCGCGGGCAUCACCACGGCGGCGUUCGGCCCCACGGGCGAGUGGCUCGCGCUCGGCUGCGCGCACCUCGGCCAGCUCAUGGUCUGGGAGUGGCGCAGCGAGUCGUACAUUCUCAAGCAGCAGGGCCACCACUCCGACGCCGCCUGCGUCGCCUACUCCCCAGACGGCACGUACAUCGCCUCCGGGGCGGACGACUGCCGCGUCAAGGUCUGGAACGCCGCAACGGGGUCGAACUUCGUCACGUUCAAGGACCACGCGCAGCCGGUGACGGCGGUCGCGUUCCUGCCGUCGGGGUCGGGGGUCGUGUCGGCGUCGACGGACGGCACCGUGCGCGCGUUCGACCUCGUGCGGUACCGCAACUUCCGAACCAUGGUCGCGGACAAGCCCGUGCAGUUCGUGAGCCUUGCCGUGGACCCCGCUGGCGAGGUGGUGUGCGCGGGCACUCUCGACACGUUCCAGAUCUUCGCGUGGUCGCUCAAGACGGGGAAGCUGCUCGAUGUGCUCGAGGGGCACGAGGGGCCCGCCGCGAGCCUCGCGUUCAACCCCAUGCGGCCAGUUCUCGCAUCAGGCUCCUGGGACAAGACUGUCAAGUACUGGGACAUCUUCGAGUCCAACCGCGGUUCCGUCGAGUCGCUCCAGCACACGCACGACGUCCUCGCCCUCGCGUUCCGCCCCGACGGGAAGCAGAUUGCCUCCUCCACACUGGCGGGCGACAUCUACUUCUGGGACGCGGCGGAGGCCGAGCUGCAGGGCAUCGCCGAGGGCCGCCGCGACGUCGCGGGCGGGCGCUCGGUCGCCGACCGCCGCGCGGCGGGCAACGCCACGUCAGGCCAGUGCUUCACGUCGAUGGUGUACUCCGCAGACGGGACGGUGAUCAUCGCGGGCGGGACGUCGAAGUUCGUCUGCAUGUACGACACGCAGGACCGCGUCAUGCUCGCGCGGUUCCAGCUGACGCUGAACAAGGGGCUCGACGGCGUGCUGGACCAGCUGAACUCGCGGCAUCUGACGGACGCGGGGCCACUAGAGCUGAUCGACGACGGCGGCGACGACAGCGACGACGAGGGCGUCGCGACGCGCGGAGGGGGCGCGGCGCGCGACGCCGCGGCCGCGAUGGCGCUUCCCGGCACGCAGGACGCCAGCCGCGCGCCGUCACGCAUCCGCGCGCGCUGCGUGUCGCUGAGCCCCUCGGGACGGUCGUGGUGCGCGGCGACGACGGAAGGGAUCAUGGUGUACAGCCUGGACACGUUCACGAACUUCGACCCGACCGACCUGGAGGUCGACGUGACGCCCGCGGCCGUCCGGGCGGCGUUGACGCAGGGAGCGUGGGCACGCGCGCUGCUGGUGGCGCUGCGGCUGAACGACCCCGGUUUGGUCGAGCUCGCGCUCGUGAGCACGCCCGCGCGGAACGUCACGGGCGUCGUCGCCGCGAUACCGGUCCAGGCGGCCCUGAAGGUCCUGAGCGCUGCUGCAGAACUUGCGCUGUCGAGUGCGCAUCUUGAGUUUCUGCUGCGAUGGCUGCGGGCGCUGCUGGUGCAGCACGGGCGCGAACUGCAGACGCUGCCGCGCGCGGAGGUGGCGCCGACGCUGCGGGCCGUGCAGCGCGCGGCGGGCAAGUGGGAGGGCCUGUUGACUCCGCUGGUGGAAGGCAACUUGUAUUCUCUCGAGUACCUGUCAACGGCUCCGAUCGAGGCGCCAUUGAAGGAGGGGGAAGAGGCCGCGGUGGAGAACGGGGGCGUGGAGGCCAGCUGA